AUGGGAGGCAAGAAGGGACAGAGGUUCGGCUGGAGCACUUGCGGCUGGGACUGGGACGACAAGUUGAAGGCCCGCCAGAACAGAUGCGGGCGCUGCGGAUCGGAGGAGCCCGCCCACGACGAGCUGGUGAAGAAGGCAUCCAGUGCUUGGAAGGACGCCAGCUACCGCCAUGAGCAGGCGGUGAACCAGGUCCUGGUCUGCGAGGAACGGCUGGCAGCAGCACGUGAGAAGGAGGCGACGGCGGCGCUGGCCCUGGCACGAGCCGAACAACAGCGACGCGAUGCAGCAGCGGCCUUCUCGAAGCAGGUGGGAGGUGAGGACAAAGAGGCAGCCUGCACGCUCUCAUGGGAUCCAGCCCUGUUCGAGAACCUCGACGGGCUGGACGGCAUAGAGUACACCGAGAAGGCGGACCUUGCGAGGGUGCUGGGCGAGCUCAACAGCUACAAGAACCAGUUCGCGGAGCGGGGCGACGAGAUCAAGGCGCGCCUGGACAGCGCGAGGCGCAUCCACGAGGUGAGCUCCGCCGCAGCCGCGGAGAUCUCGGCCAAGAAGUUCGAGGAGAAGCGCGCGCAGCGGGUGAUGCAGGAGGCGGCCAGGCGAAGCCCUGCCCACCAGGAGACCGCGGUGGAGCACAGGGAUUUAUUUUGCGGCAGCAUCAUGCAGUGGGGACCGACGGCGCUGAAGUGGAUCGAGGGGUCCUUGCUGCGGCGCGACUUCCACGGCUACCUAAUUCAGGAGACGCACCUAGACAUGGGCAGCAUCACCGACGUGGAGCGCCACUUGAGCGCGCUGGGCCUCGAGACGUGUUUCUCGGCGGCGCUGUCUUCACGUAACUCCACGCGGGGUUUUGACGAGGGCGACCCCUUCGCACACCUCGACCUCGACCCUGACAUCGCAGCAGCCGGCGAGCACCUCCCACCAGAGCUGGAGACGACCGACAGAGCCGCGGACAACCUGGGCCAUGCCUACGCCGCCUUCGUGCACACCAUGGAAGCCUUCUUCUGCGGCGCCUACGGCAUCAGCGAGGACGACCGACAGAAGUUCUUGGGGCGCGGCAAGGGUUACGAGUACAAUUGGACCAGCUCGGCCACCUGCGGACACCGACGACCACGUUACGCCAACCAAUACGCUGACUGGUGGAGCAGUACAGCUACAGCUCUAGGGCGCCACGAGUCAGCUCGAGCUGCCCUGCACGGACAACUAUGGAAGGACAGACUACUGGAUAUCACUGUCCUCGACCACGACAUCCUCAAGGGCAUGGCCGCCCAGGCGACUCAAGAGAAGCAGUGGAUCCUACGACGCGAUAUCCGAGCCAGCAACCACGAUUACGCCCAAUGGGUCUGCGACAUGGCCAAGACCUCCCCUGGCACCAUCCACCGCAUCACGAAGGAGCAGCCCAGGUUCGAGGAUGAGCUGAUCGACGCCCACGGCACCAAGCACUUCGCAGCUACGGAGAAAAUCGACGCCAAGGCCGCGCAGUUCACCCAGCUCAUCUUCAUAGAGCUCUCGGAGCAUCACUUGAUCAUGGCCAACAGGUGCCUCACCACGCCCCUCGACCUCGAGGGCCACGACCCUGCCAUCAGCAUGCCGACAAGCCAAGUACGAGCGUGGUUCGACAUGCGGGCCAAGAACCCAGAACUCAAUUCGUGGACCGACGCAGACGGCAGCACGUGGGAGUUUACUGCGGACGAGCAGGCAGGCCCCAGACAAAGCAACAACAGAGCGGACAACAGCGUCAAGAGCACCAACGGCGACCUCCACUUCUGGACCGACUCCGCGGCACUAGUGGCGGGCUGGCGCAACCUUCGACACCAGGGGCCCUUCAACCAGGGCCCCAACGCGGACAUAUGGCAGCUCAUCCACAAAGCGCUCAUCGGCAGGCAUGGCACGAUCAGCUUGUUCAAGAUUGAGAGCCACCUGACGCUGGAGGAGCACGCCUGGGCUGGGAACAAUAUCGCAGACCAGCUCGCCGACCAGGCCGCGGCAGAGCAAGCGAUCGGUGCUGCUCAGCUCGACCUUUACGACUGGAUCAGGGCGACGGCGGUCAAGGUUCGAGACAGAAUAUGCCAGGCCACCCGUGACGCCUUCGAAUGCAGACCACCCCAGCACGCCACGAGACGACAGCAAAGAGCAGACGAGCUGAACGACCACCUCCCCGAGACACCACUCAACCUCAGCCAGACCGCGCUGGAGCACCACCACGACAUCAGCAAGGGGGCCACCCUGGCGCGAUGGGACUGCACUCGGGGUCAGUCGCAGCUUUGCUGCGUGACCCGCAGAAGUUUGGAUGUAGUUCGCAAGGCAAGACCAGGCAGCGCAUUCGCGUUCUACGGGUACCACCUGUGCUUCACGAAGGGGCAGCGGGAUAUCUACACCUGUUGCUACUGGAAUUCCCGUUCGAGCCUGGUCGGGAAGGCAGGACCAGGCUGCGCGUUCGCGUUCGACGGGUACCACCUGUACUUCACGAUGUGCGAGUGUUUGCCUCAAGAAGUGCGAGCUGGCAUGUACGAUUUCUACUUCGACUGGGUGUUCUCGGUCGGGAACGAGGCCCGCUGCGACAAGUCGGGCGACGGGCCCUCUGGGUGGUCGGUGCUGGACGAGGCCUGGCGCGGCCUGGGCCCGCGGGGAUGGGGGGUGGACAGAGACGCGCUGCUGGAGUGCCUCGCGACGGGCUUGCGAGGAAGCAAGCUCAGCCCGGUAUCUCAGGAGAUGUGGGCGGAGAGGCUGGCUGCAGCUGCGCCCGACAAGCCGCGGCUGGUGCGGCUCUGCCUGUCUGCCACGCAAUGGAGGGCAAGGGAAACAGCGGUCAGUCUGGCCCGCGCCAACUACGACGGCACGAGCGCCUUUGCCAGCACCAAGCGACCACAACUACAGGCACCGGCAUGGGCGACAUUGGCGGAAGCCGACCAGCCGUUUGCUAUCUCGGCCAUCAACUACACCCGCAUGAGCAUGGAAUGCGCAGAUGGAUGGGCCCACGGCCACAUCGCGCAAGGGGCACCGAUGGGCUUCGCCCUCUGCUCACGCCGACUCAAUAACGGGCAAAACCUUCACGUGGAGAAGUGGAGAGAGCAAGAUAAAUACAUUCACCCAGACCAGCAGCUGCGUGUCGCGACCAACCCGAUCUCUCUAGAGGCGCGCGACGAGUCCAUCAACGCGUUUACGGAUGACAUCACAAAGACCCACGCCGUCAGACAGAACGUGGGCGACGCUCUGAUUACGGACCAGCUCUACGCCAGAACCACUGGGCUCGAGGGGGUCUUCGGGGGGAGCUCCCGGCAGCGCGGCGGCGGCGGCGGCGACGAGGCGGGAGAGGGCGGGCGGGAGAGUGCGACGGCCGCGGCCCUGCAGCGGGGCCGCCUGCUGGGCGCGCAUCCGCAACGGGCGCUGGGCGGCCAGUCGCGGGCGGCUGGCUGCGUCCUGGUGGUGGUGCAGCCGUGCGGGCGCCUCGGGAACCUGCUCUUCCAGCUCGCGGCGGCGCUGUCCGCCGCGCGCGCCGCGGCCGGCGCGCUCUGCGUGGCGGUGGCCGACGACGGCCUGGCGCGGAGGUACGCCGACACCGUGCUCCGCGCCGUGGGGGGCCUCCUGGUCGCGCCGGGGCUGCUGCAGCAGGAGGGCCGCGCGGCCAACGCGACGCGGGAGGCGUGUGGCCUGAGCGAGGUCGCCGUGCCGAAGGGCCGGUUCCUGGCAGGAGGCGUCUCCAGCUGCAUCGCGUGGAAGGCGUUCUCGCGCUGGUGCGGCCGCAGCGGCGCGCGCUGCCAACGCAUGGACGCGGGCGCCCCGGAUGGCGGCGGCGACUGGGCCGAGCCGCUGGCCGAGGCCCUCCUCGGAUACCGGCGGCGCGGCGGCGGGGUGGAGCCGUGCAGCAUGGUCUGGCUGUCCGGUUACUUCCAGGACCUCCGCUAUUUCGGUGCACAUCUGGCCUGGUUGCGCGGCCUCUUCUGGCACGCGCCGUCGGCCCAGCGCGCGGAGGGAAUGCUUGCGAGCGUGGCCCCUCCGGGCCGCGGCGUGGCCGCGGCGAUCCAUUAUCGUUUCGGCGACCUCUGGCACUGGUUUCCCGGAGAUGUGCUGUACGACGGGUACCAGGGAUGGGCGAGCUCCCUGGCAAAAGAACGGGUGAACCGCGAGCUGACGUGCCUGGUGUUUUCGGAUGCGCCCAGCACUGCCAGGAGGAGCAUCGAGGUUCUUGACGGCUGCAGCGAGGUCAAGAUGAUGAUGGACGUGGGUGACGUGCUCAGGUGGUGGCGGACAUGA